AUGUAAACAAAAUCUAAUUCAGAAUAAUCCACUUUAAAUAAACAUAGAUAUCGCUAAAUUUCUGAACUCUUGCUAAAUCAUAUUAGUAUUUAUACUUUAUAUAUAUAUCUAGAACUCAAUCAUAAAAAUAUCUUAAAGCAAAAUUCAAACUUUAGAAUAUUACUAAAUAAGAGAACUCAGAAUAGUUUACAAAACUUAAAGAAAGAUUUUGAAGCUAAAUAGUUGACUCUCUAAUAUUUUUCAAGUUUUCAAUUAAUUUCAGAUAUAUUAACAUCUAAAAUCAAUGUAGAAUGUUUAGCAGAUAUUCAAAAAUUAUGUAAUUAUCUUUCAAAUUGA